UAGACGUUCGUGAUCACGACGAGGCGACUACUACAGUACACUUGACAUAGCCAAGUUAGUCGGCUCGCCACGCUCUGAACUCUACGUUCCGUGUCUAUCCCGUUGACACUUACUGUCGUUCUGUGUCUUACAACUAAUUAUGUCCGAUGUUGGUUCCCGUAUAUCGCGUAUGGAAUAGUGAUAAUAUCGUCAAACGAAAGUUAAAAAAGUGUCUAAUUGUCAUGAGACAAAAAUUGACUAUAAAUAAGAAGGUACUGCGAGUAUUUUUCAUCAGAUAAUGUACCACAAAAUCAGAUAAGGCUGUGAACUGUGAUAACUAAAUUUUUAUGUAAUGUGCUGUUUACUUUUUAAGUUUUCAAGGUAGACUUCUAUUUUUAAUUCAAUGUAAGGAAAUGCGGAGUUAUACACAGCAUUUUUCAAUCAAAUUUGGUUCGACUUUAUUCUGAUACAAUGUUAUCAGUCGUGAGUGCCGCCGGCGUGAAUGCGGCGGCAGGAAUGGGCGGCAUGGAACGUUUGGGAGGCGGCGCAAAUAGUAACAGCGGAAGUGUAGUAAGUAACGGCAAUAGUGCAACGACGGUAGCGACAUCUAGAGAUCACAGAACGCAGGUACGUAGGCUCCACGCGGCGACGAACCGUAUCGACCAUCAUUCGACAACAGCCGAUAUCACCAUCAAUUUACCGCCGAGUAUAGAACUGCCCGACGGCGAAGAACAUCCCUUUACGUCGGCGAGGUUACAUAUUCGAGAUGCAGAACAAGAAUCCGAAAUAUACCAGAAGUGCAUCCGACCGCCACCGAAUCGCACAGUAUUAGAAAGCGAAUCCCCGCCCCCGUACCGAUCCUGUUCCGCCGGUAUGUUAUCAACUUCUUCGUCGACGAGCAGCGCCAACAGCGAUUGGUCGACUUCUUCGAAUCCCCUCGUAGUGCGGUGCCAUUCGAUGUCGUCAACUUCAUCAAAACCAACAAACCACUCAUCUCAUAGUGUAACUAUACAAAAGACUGAUUUUUUACAAAGAACUGUUAAAAUAUUUACGGGAGGCGGUAAAAAAACCGCUUCGCAGCAGACUGUUUAUCAACCGCCGCCAGCUCCGACGUUGCCCGUCGUUAUUGUACCGAACGUCGUGAGGAGCCAAAGGGUCGUCAACAAACCGCCCGCCGAUGUUUGACCAUACGUCCCUUCUUAGCUGAUGACAUUUUGUGUGAAUUCAUGUUUUUUUGAUUCCAUGGGUUUCGCCUCGUUUUGCGUCGUAGGUUAAUUUGAUGCGCCUGUCAAAUUUAUUAUUUUUUUUUCCAAAUUCAAGGCAAAGAAAAACGUUAAAAACAACAAGGAAACUUAAUACAUUCCUAUAUUUUAAUCCAUAGCGGAAAUAAAAAAAGAUUUUCAAUAAUUCGCUUUUUAUCGCUAUCUACGAUGUAUGUAUGUAUGUGUGUGUGUUUAUAUACGUAUGUGAGUAUACGGGGUGUCCCACGAAAAGUUAAAACUAUCUGUAUAUAUGACAAAAUACUCAAUGGUCAAAUCAUGAAAAUUUCUUAAUUUGAGUUUUCGGAUACGAUCUACCUUAAAUCGACUGUAACUUUGUUAUUUUCAAUGGAACAUCCUGUAUAUUAAUACAUUUUUGAAAUCUACGUAAAAUUUUAGUAUACUUUUGUCUGGAAACUUUUUCCAAAAAAAUGCAUACUUUUCGAGUUAUUAAUUUUUUUGUAAAAAAUAAAUUAUUUUUUUACGAGGAUACCCUUAAAUAUAUGAAAAUCGUUUUUAUUCGGUUGCUUUUCGCAAGGUCAGUCGUAUUUGAAUCUAUGUUAAAAAAUGUCUCAUUUUAUACAGGGUGUGUAUGAAAAGUCUUCAAAGUUUAACUUCUUAAAUAUCAAGUUUCUUUAUUUUUUUAAAUAGAAUCACCCGGUAUUUUCUAUUUUAUUGCAUUCAGGGGUACAAUUAUUUAAAUUUGCUUUUAAUACAUGGUGAAUAUAACAAAGUACUGUAAUUUAUACGCUGCUAUUUACAUAAAUUUCGUUAUUAAAUUGAGAACCAGCCAUUUUAACUAUUUUCGAAAGUAUCAACAAUUGACUAAUGACAGUUAAAUAAGUGCCAAGUGUCAAAGCUUACUAAAAGUAUACAUAAAAAAUUAAAACUUGUUAAAAAAUACAAUAAUAAUUUAAAACCUCAAAUAAAUCGGAAACGACUGAAAGUUGGAAUAGAAUUAGUAAAUACAAUUUGAUUUGAUUUUUUUUACAUACCUUGACAAAAUAAAAAAAAAUAAUUUUUUAUUUCUUAGUGCUUGUAUCAACCGGUCAAAAUAAAAUGUAGUCCACACCUGCAUCUCUAAACAUUCACAGAAAACAUUUAAUAUCGGUAUAACCGGGUGAUUCUAUUUAAAAAAAUAAAGAAAUUUGAUAUUUAUAAAGUUAAACUUUGAAGAUUUUUUAUACACUCCCUGUAUAUAAUGAAAAAUUUUUCAACGUAUAUUCGAAUACGUCUCAUUUUACUAAAAGCAUUCGAAUAGAAACCAUUUUCAUAUAUUUAAGGAUAACUUCGUAAAAAAAUAAUUUAUGAAGGUGCAACGGAUAAAUUUUUUUAUAAAAAAAAUUAAUAACUCGAAAAGUAUGCAUUUUUCGAAAAAAAGUUUUCAGACAAAAGUAUACUAACAUUUUACGUAGAUUUCAAAAAUGUAUUAAUAUACAGGGAGUUCUAUUUAAAAUAACAAAGUUAUAGUUGAUUUAAGGUAGAUCGUAUCCGAAAACCAAAACGUAAAAAUUUUCAUGAUUUAACUAUUAGUAUUUUGUCGUAUACAGAUAGUUUUAACUCGUCAUGGGACACCACCCUGUAUACCUAUCAUAUAAAUUUUAUUUUAGAAUUGAGAAUUUUUCUUCGGAUAUUGGAAAUUUUACGUUAGAAAUGAGAAUUUCACUUUAUAUGUACUUCUGCAUAGAUAAAUAUUUUGGCAGAUCACAUUUCACAAUUUCGACAAUCGAAAAAUGUUAAAAUUUCCUCGUCUCGAGUGAAAUUUCCUCUUCCGACGUGAAAUUUUCCAUUCAAUUCAACUGUCACCGAGUAUAAAUGUUGUUGGAAAUCUUUUUUUAUUAUAAUAAUUUGCCAUUUUCGAUCAAAAAACACACAGAACAAAAAAAUAUAAAAAACGAUUAUUAAAAUCGAAAUAAGCCACUCAAAUAUUGGUACAUACCAAAAAGUACUUGUUGUUAACGAUUCUUGUCUAAAUCUUGUGCUAGUUCAACGAAUUCUUCGUAUAUUUUGUAAAUUAACGAAAACUUUUUGCUCAUAUCUUUUGACGAUUAAUUUUUUUUUCGUAAAUUGAUAUAUGACUGCCAACCGAAUGAAAACGAAACUCUAAAAACUUCAAUCGCGUAAUUUUUCUAUGCUUUAAAUCGCAUCCACUCACUCUUAAGGGGUUAGGGGUAGUCAGAGGCACGAAAAAAUGAGAAUUUUCAGUAUUUUUUGCUAUUAAAUCGUUUUAUUUUACAAAAGUAGUUAUAUGGCAUUAUCAUACAAUGUUUUGACUUGAAGUCACGAAAAUUUAAAAAAAAAAAAAAUUUAAUUUCCAAAGUUAUAGCUGUCUGUGUUGACCCAGUUCCAAAAAAAGGUCCUUGCGGUGACAAUCAUAAGUCCUUGGAGAUUCAGAUAAAAAAUGAACUUUUUCAAUUAUAGUCUAGUCUACCAGCUCAAAUUAAUUCGACAUAUUAAUAUAGUCCAGUCGGAAAGACUACGAAAUCGAUUUUUCGCCAUACAUGGCCGAAAUUAUAUGGUAAUAAUCGCCCUGAUAUCUGAUCAAGUUGUUUAAAUAAUUUUGAUCCAAAUUUUCAAUCAUCGACAUCUCUUACAAUUGUUCAAGUUUCCAUCCAACUCAAGGUUCUAAAACACUCAUGAACAUUUAAUCAUCUUCUAUCUAACAGUACCAAUGUUGAGCUAGCUCUUAAAGAUAAUCCUCGCAACAGUACGUUACAACGUAAAUUCCUCUCACCAUAUCUUCAAUAAAUACUCGGAAUCUUUAUAUUUUCUUUCAGUUUUGAUUUCCAAUACCUCACCAAUUGGUAUUACAGCUCCAAACUGUUUAGUUCUCCACCAAAGUUCCCUAUUCUCACAUAGUUUCUUUGUUUGUAACUCGAACUGGUGAACUUGAUCAGUCCAUCUGAUUCUUUUUCUAUUGCUUCUCUUCUCUAGGAUUAAAUGAACCGGACGAUGUUUUCAUUGCCUAUUUUUUCUCUAUCAUUUACGAUUUACCAUUCGUCCAUAUUUUCUUCUGAUGAUAUUUCUCUCAAAAAUUAUCAAUCCUUCUUAGUCUGCCUUAAGUUACGAUUGGUCUAAUUGAAUUCUUUAAUUUUUUCUUCUUCUUGAUUUAUUGACAGUUUCUGAAAUUUUACCAUCUAUUAUUACAUCUUUCACUUUCCUACUAUCUUCCGAUACAUCUUCAUAAAUACAGUUUUACAUUAUAUUUCUACAUCUUUGAAAAGUUCUAUCAGUACGAGGACUGGUGUUAUUAUAAAAAUUAUUCUACAUUCGAAUGUUCCCCUUCAAAAUACCCUCCUUCCCUCGCCACUCACCUAUCCAUACGUUUUUUCCAUUGAUCGAAGCAGUGCUGGAAGUCUUCUUCGGUGAGGAUCUUCAGGAGCUCUGCUUUACCGCUUCCAUAGACUCAAAUCUGGUCCAUUUCAAAGCAAAUCUUGUUCUAAACUUUCAAGGAAAUCUGAGCAAACCCGUUGACGCAAGAUCUUUUGGUUAGGAGUCAGAUUUUUUGGUACUAGCUUCGCACAGACUUUUGUCUGUAUCUUUAUCGACGUUUACCUCAUCGGUAAACAUCCGGAUGCUCAUUCGACGAUCUGCACUUACUAUUUGGUUGAUUUUGGACACUAUUUCCGGAGUUGAAGGCGACCUGUGUGGCCUUUUGCAACAAUUUAUAGCAAUUUAUAUCGGUCUAAAGGGCCCUCUAGACGCGCAGUCUCGUUAUUUAAUAGCCAGACCUCGUAUUUCUUUAUUUCUAACUAUUUGCCACCUAGUACAAGAUUUUUGCGGUGUCAUCAUUUUUAAUGUUAUAUUAAAUUAUAUUUUCUAAAAAUUCCAACAAGGUUCCACUACUAAAAAAAUAAAAAUUAUCCAAACAAAAUUAUUGAGAAAGCGCAAUCAUUAUAUAGAAACGUGAUCCCAAAAUUUCUAAUCUCUUAUUGACAAAUUUAAUUUGUUUUAAUAAUAAAUCAUCGCAAAAAUUGCCAACUAAUGUUGUCUUGAUAUUGUUUUUAAAUAUUAAUAUCGUUUCCUGUAUCUAAUUGUUUUCAAUUCGAAAAAUCUUCAGGUUGAGUUUACUUAUCGUCGACGAAGUUCUAUUCCUCGCAUUGGGGGAUACGUGCAUGCCUCUAAUUGUGUUUACCGUCUGCUCCACGUCGAAUAUAAUACGAUGAAAUAUUUCUCUUCCAUCAACAAAAGUCAAUUUUCUCAUUAUACCAAAUUGUGUCUUUUUAAAAGAUGCAAUAAAUUUCUUAGUUUACAAUAAAAAAAAAAAAUGUAAUCGUCACGAGAUGUACAUAGUGCAAUUGUUAAAAGUAGUUACAUUGAAAAAAAAAGUUUUCGUUAUAAAUAAUUAAAAAUAUCUUUUGAUGAAAAGAUAAAUUUCUGUGAGUAACAAACCAUAUUUUUUAUAGAAAAUUAAUUAUUUCUACAGCACGCGUUCUAAUAUAAUAAUUUUUCCGCGCAAAUUUAAAUCAUUUGCGCUAAUAGUCGAUAGACGUUGUGGUUGGGUUCAUAAAAGCGAGUAAGAUAUUAUUUGAUGCAAAAUCUCAUUCUUUAUGCGCAUUUCAUCACUUUUCCUUUGGAAAUAUAUUUGCAGAUAUAUAAAAACGAUACUUUGCGCAAAAUGUAAACGAAUUAGAUAAUUCUACUGGUAAUUUUCAUUGCGCAAUUAUUUAAUGUUCCGUAAAACAAUAAAACAACUACUUCUCAGUUGCUUGGGUCUCAACGAUUUGCGCAAUAUUCUCGACAAUUUAUGCAAAUUUGUUGAUCCUCAACAUUUUGUGCAAAUCAGUGGGAUUUCAAUAAUUUGAAAAAAAUUGUUAUUGCUGAACUUACUGAAUUUGCGCAAUAUUAUUCAAAAAUUCCCAUGCAAGUACUUUUAGAACAAUUACCACGCGCAAAAAAUAGUGCGGAAUUUGAAUAAUACGCGCAAAUUUAUUAUUGGUUGGCAUUUUACGUAAACUUGUUGAUUCUCGAUAAUUUGCGCAAAUUUAUAAUUGCGCAACUCACUAAAUGAAAUUGUAAAUUUUCGCAAUAUUUUUAGUAAAAGCUUCCUUAAUAAGUUUUAAAGCGGAAUAUCGACAAUUUGCGCAAUUUUGUUGACUGUUGACAAUUUGCGCAAUUCGUAUAAUUUGCGCGAUAUUCUUAGUAUGACAAUACUUUUCUAAUAAUGAUCAAUAUGCGCGCAAAAAAUAAUAUUAACGGUACAUCGACAGUCUAUGUAAAUAUGUUGGAUUUCAAUAAUUUCAAAAAAUUUGUUAUUGCUCAAUUCCUCAAAUGGAAUUCUUGAUUUGCGCAAUAUUAUUCAAAAAUUCCCAUUUAAGUACUUUUAGAAUAAUUAUCAAACGCAAAAAAUAGUGCGGAAUUUCAAUAAUAUUCGCAAAUUUAUUGUUGGUCCCCGAUUUGUGUAGACUUGUAAUUGCGCAACUCACUAAAUGAAAUUGUAAGUUUUCGCAAUAUUAUGAGUAAAAGCUCUCUUAAUAAGUUUUAAGCGGAAUUUCGAGAAUUUUUUGCAAUUUUGUCGACUGCCGACAGGAAAAUAUGUACAAGACAAAAAUACUUUCUUUAUUCGAAAUUUUGCGCAAAUAUCAAUAUGUGCAAUAUUAGUAUUGUUAAUGCGCAACUCAUUUAUAAAUAGUUGAGGCGCUGUAAAUCAAUUUUUAUUCAAGUUUCAAAAAUUUGCGCAAUAUGGGUAUAGGUAAUUCAUGUAAGUAUUUUUUGAAUGAUAUUCAAAAGUGCCCAAGAAAAUAGUUUUAAUAAAGAAUCUCGAUAAUUUGCGCAAAUUAGUUAUUUCGUAAUUCAUUAAAUUAAUUUUUAAAUUAAAUUUUUCCUUAUCAAAUUGCGCAAUAGUACUAAGAAUUACAUAUACUCAAACCGAUUAUGGCGAUCUAAAAAAUUUCCAAUGCGCAACUAUUUGAACAAAAUAUGCGCUUUUAAACGAUAUACAUCACUUUUAUUUGCGCAAAUAAAUAUGUGGUCGAGCAGUUAUUAUAUUGCGCAAUAAAUAUAUUUUCGUUAAAAAUGUAGACGUGCGCACAUUAUGAGCUUUUGAAAUUGGCAGUGAAACAUUUCUAUUAAUAAAUUAAUAACAUCUGCGCAUGUAAAUUUUUUACUGCGGAAAUAAAAUAAUUUGAAUCUUCACUUUGCUAUUGUGAAUUUAUUAUCAAAAUAUGGUUUGUUUCAAAUUUGUGACGCAGAGGCGCGAAUUUCAACAUCAUGUUUGUUUACGACGACAAUGGGGAAAGGAGAAGGGGGUGAUUAGCAACGACUUUUAAGGACGUUUAGUAUUUUUUUAUUAAAAAGCGUAUUUAUCACAAGAUAGAUAAAACACUUUUUUCAAAUGUGGUAUACACAUGUGUAAAAAUUAAUUAAAUCCAACAAAAAAAAACCAUUUAAUAAGAAAUAAUGUAAGUCAUUAAAAAUCUAGUUAAAAGUGAAAUAUCUGCGCGUGCGCGAUCGGUCGUGCCAAAUGUCUAUAUUGUUUUUGUGUACUGUGUACAUGGAUUUUGUUCUAUAAGCAAUGCAAUUUUUUUCUUAGUGUAAUCUAAUCAUUAUUUCGGAGGCUGUUUUCUUUUUUAGUUUUCAUUUUCAAAAGAAACGUAAAGCCACAGCUAAGAGUGUUUUAUUUGAGGCAUAAAAUAUCAUUAUAAUCCAAUAAGAUGGAGCCUUAAUUUAUGAAAAUAUUCAUCACGCGAGAAUGUGAACAAGAACUAAUUAAAACUAAUUUGAAUAUAUUGAAAACCUAAAUUCAAUUUAUAUUCUUUGAAACUAUUCAAUCACAAAAAGGCGAGAUGAAUUUAUGUAUCUAACUUAUAUUUAUACACUUACACACUCAACUAUUCACACUUAUCAUUUAAUUUAUUUGAAUACACCGUUUAGUUCAUUUAUCACUGAUAUAUUUAUUUCGAUAUUUAAUUAUUGACUGACCCACCGCUGGCAAAUUUCUCCUUUAUAUAUUGAAAUAAUUUCUAGAACCUUCGACCUCUGAAAGUCUCCGUUUUAGGCGUUCUCAACAAUUGUCUCUAUUGAAACAAUCACAAAAACAUAAUCUAGUAGCGCGUAUUGUCAAUAUUUAACUAAACUGGUCUAUUGUGAUCUCCCGCCUUAUAUUCGUUCUCUAGAACAUGGUAGAAACUUCUGUCUAGUUAUUUCUAGAUACAAUACAUUAAAUUAUAACCGACGCCUUUAGUUGGCGUGCGGCUGUUCACCAGUCACAAUUGUGACAUUUUGAAAAGAAUAAUUUUUAAUACAACUUUUUCUCCUCAAAUGAUUUCGUAUACUAUAAACCUUUUAAAUGUAUCGCUCAAUUUUAUUGGAUUAUUAUUUUUAAUUAAAAAAAAAAUUAUAUUUUUCAUAUUGAUAACUUUGUCAAUACCAGUUGCCUACAUUAAACUAGUCCAUAAUUUUAAAAAUUAUCUCAUUUAUGUAUCUGCAACCGGAAUUUACAAAGUAUCACAUUAUUGUUGUUUUUGUUAUUUAAUUAUAAUUCAGCUUACACUAAGAAAAAUAUCUCAAUAUCCCGUCGUAGUAAAAACAGCAAUUCUAUUAAAUUAAUAAUAAAUUUAGUUUCAAAUGAUACACUCUUAUUGCAAAUAUAAAGUUGGAUACUCAAAAAAUUGAUUCAUUAUGAAUUUUAAUUUAAUGCCUCUAAAGUACAUUUGGUAUAUGAAUUUUCCUUUUUUUUCUGCUAUUCCCAGUAUCACAAUAACGUUCAAAUAGUUAUUUACGUAACGAAAGUGUAAAAUAAUCUUUUUGCGACGAUCGCAUGAGUCGAAAAAAGGCCUUUACACACGAAUUGCAUACAAUAUUUUUUCAUAAUACAGAAGAUUUUCCUUGUAAAGUAUAUUUUAAUCAAGAUUAGAACAAAUUAAAAAAAACGAAAGACGAAUUUAUGGUCCCAGGUUAAAGUCGCGCUGAUAUACCAGUCUUCAUUUUUCCAUUUAUGUAUUAAUAAUUAUUUUUAGGUGGCAUUUAUAUAUGUCGAAGAGAAGAGUUAUAAAAUUUAACAACAAAAAUUCGUCUGUUGUUUUAUCAAUUUCUUCUAAUAGUCAUUAAAAUGUUCAAAAUAUUAAAGAAUGUAUAAAAUAAUUAUAAGGAGAAUCACCAUCAAAUUUCUGUAUUUUGAUUAAAUGUUCGUUAGUAGAAAAAAUUUUUGUAUGCAAUUCGUUUGUAAAGGCCUUUUCUCGACUCAUGUGUUUGUCGCUACUUUACACAUUUGUUACAUAAAUAACUAUUUUUAAAGUUUUUAAUAUCUAAUGACUCGGUUCUAUAUAUCUAUCAAAUUAUUACGUUCAUCUUGUUAUAAAACGUCAAAUUUAUAUGACAAUUUCGCAAAAUAUUUUAUACAAAUUCACUUUCAGGUUUUUAAAACGUAAAUUUUCUAUUAGUGAAAAAUAAAGAUUCACAACAAUGUAAAAAAACAUAGAGAAUUAGCACAGCAAAAAAAUUAUAUUCAUUUAUUGUAAACUGCGACAUAAUUAGAAAACUUGGCAACGUUGUAUCUUAUUUUAUAAAUAAUAUGUUUAUUUAUGGUUGUUUCAAACUGUUAAUUUAAUAGUAUAAAAAAGAAUUAUUAAACUAAUAUAAAUAAUGAUAAUUUUCAAUAAAAUCUUCAAAUUUCUACUCAAUUUUUUAAUUAUUUCAGUUUUAUUUUGUUAUAAUUUUUUUGUGUAUCCAACGCUAUUAUUUUUAUAUGUUAAUUUGUUAUUUUAUAAAGAUGUAAUCUCUCUAAAAAUAAAAAGAGAUAGAAUUAGACUAAAAAGAAAGUAAACAAAUAUAAAAUAUAUUACUUUUUUUUGAGAGCCAAGAGAUUAUAAUUAUUUUAAUUUUUAUUUAUUUAUUUUUUAAAUAAACGUAUUUA